AUGCCAUUGACCGGAGUGGACAAUCACAGCCAGGACCUGGCACACACUGACAGUCUCGCAGCACCCGGUGCUGUCGAUGCAGCCCCGGACUCAAAUACAGGAGCUAGCCCACAACCACCUACGUCCGAGGGCCCUCUGGCCUUUGGUCUGCCCGCUGGUACGCAACGGGAGUACGUCAACCGACUGCCCUCUGGCCAGGUCUCUGUCGCCUCGCUAAAGUCUUUUACAGAGUCCGCUAGCGCGGCACCAAACAACCCCGAAAUUGUAGAGCAGCUAGCCAACCGCACAGCAGCAGAGGAGCAGUCACAGGCGGUGAUGCCAGAGGACCAGGAGAGCAUUGCCAGCUCGUUUUACUUUGGGUCAGAUGCCCACAGCAACACACUCGUGGGCGUGGCACCGACAGGGUCGCUGAGCCCACCGCAUGGGUUUGGGCAGAGCGAUGGCGCCAGCCUGCGAGUACACACUGGAAGCAUCCGUGAGCGUAACUACCAUUUGCGAGCCUCAGCUACGCUUGACGGCGAAACAGAAUACUACGAUGAUGUCCGGUCCGGCUCGAUUUCCCUGUAUGGUCGCAGCAUUGUGUCACGCCGGCGCAUGUCGUCAUUGGAUGCGCUGGGGUUCUUGGACAACGACGAACUGGAUAGUGUCACUGAGGGCAGCGAGGGAGAUGCAUCAACGACACGAGUUCGCAUGGCCACAGAUAUGGCAUACAACGCUCUGCGUAUUGGCCCAGAAAACUCAAUAUUCACCGCUGGGGGAGCAUCCACAACCACCGGCCACCGCGCUUUAUCAUUUGCAACUUCGAGCGACCCUGGGCUGCCCAGCACCGCGUCAUUCUACGGUGGGUACUAUUCCGAGGACGAAGAUAUUGCAAGUCUAAUCCGUAGUGAUGUGGCCGUGUACGGUGGCGAGGACGUAAAGUUCCCAUUCCUGCCUGACAAUUUCAGUGAGUUCAGUAGCUCUGCGGUCUACUCGCCAGGUGGCAUGGACCAGGACCGCCGGUCUCUACAAAACCCAAGCGAAGGCGCCCCCAGCCAAUCCGCGUUGCCAUCGUCCCAGCACAGCCGCCACCGUGGCAAACUCACGCGCAGGACCACAAACAGGGCCAAUGAGAAUAUCCUGGGCAACGCCGAAUCGUCGCGCAUGGCGAGGCAGAAUAGUGUGGGUGCGUCGUCGUCGUCGCCGCAUGUGCGGAGAACAAUGACUAGCACACAUGGGAGGAGGUACCGGAGGCAGUCGGCGGGCGAGGCAUACCAUGCGCCCGGUGGGACCGGUACCCAGGGAAUGUCGAACCCGGCAAACAUCCGGCCAAACGCUAUCAUGAGGUUCUUUAAGCGCAUUUCUCCCCGAAACAACCAGCUGUAA